UGGAUUAUACAAAUGGGUGUGUAUAAUCUACCAAAGAAGGAAAAACAGCCAUUUUAUAACGUCUUAGUGGAAGAUGGAACAGACAGAUAUGCAGCUCAAGAAAAUUUAGAGUUAGCAGAGGAGCCAUACAUGAUAUCUCACUCAAGUGUGGGGAAAUACUUUGAUUGUUUCACUGGCAGUUACUAUGAAGCCAAUGCAGAGCUCCUCAGACGAUAUCCACAAGAUUUGACUGUUACAAUAAAUACUGUACAAGCCGCUUCUCAAUAAAUUCAGUGAUUUUAUAAUAUUUAUUGUAUUACCAUGGUAACUGAAGGUAGGUCACUACAGUAUUCCAACCUCUACAUUGUCAAGAGUCUGUUUGUGACCAGGAUUCAGAAUUGUGUUACCAUGGUAACUGAAUGUAGGUGAUGUCACUACACUCAGUAUUUCAACCUCUUCAUUGCCAUGAGUUUGUUCGUGCCAAGGAUUCUGAAAUCUACAGUGUAUUGUUUGAUACAUCUACAGAGAGGAAUGAUGUUUGAAGCUCCAACGAUGCACAGAUGAUCUGACAAGACAAGACUUUGAGGAAACAAAUAACAAACAUAUAGACCAAUCUGCUUCAAUAUUUUCAUAUCAUUCACUCAGGACUUUUUACUGUAUCAAAUACUUUUAAUCAUCAAUGACUAGAAUUAAUUCAGGUCCUUCUACUUUUCUUACUCAAAAUUCAAUUGUGGGUUUCUGUGUCAUAUUUUUGUCAGAGUAUGUACAUUAUGUAAAACCUGCAAGUACAUUAUUGGACUGUUUAAGUUAGAUGGUAAGAACAUACAAUUCUAAUGUAAUGUCAUGUGAUAAGCUUAAUAAACAUUACCAGUAGGUACACAGGGACCCUGAGA